GCAUCGGUUUCAAAUCACAACUUAUUGCUCCUCGCGCCAUUUCGCGCCAUGAGCGGGAUGUUUGCCAAUCUCUUUGGCUCCAUGUCGCUGCGGAAGCUCACGUCGGGCGCGUCCAUGCGUUCGAAAAGCUCCAUCGCUCCGGCAACCACGUCCCGUCGAAAGGUCUCGGUGCGCGAGCGCUUCUCGCCGGCGCCGAGUGCCCGCAGCAGCGUGGCUGACCCUCCCAAGCCCGCGUCGCUCGUCAUCUACUAUGGGUCGCAGACCGGGCGCGGCGAGGCGUUUGCGAACCGGCUCGUUGCCGCCGCGCGCCGUGUCGGGUAUGCGGCCGACAUGAAAGACUUGUAUAAAUUUGAUCCGGACGACUUUGUGAACGAAGCCUACGUGAUCUUCAUCCUCUCGGCGUACAUGGACGGCGGCGCGACCGACAACGCUGCGCACUUCAAUUUUUGGAUCAACCACCAAGUGGAUGCGAAAGCCGCGCGCCUCUUGCCCGACCAGCAGUACGCAGUGUUUGCGAGCGGCGACAGCGUCUACGGCGACAACUUUAACCUCUUUGGUAUCGCGAUUGACGCCAAGCUCUCGCUGCUCGGGAGCCGGCGACUGCUCGAGUGCACGCUCGGUGACGCCAGCAACAACCUCGAUACGACGUACGCCGACUGGGAAGUACGGCUAUUUCGUAUCCUCAGCGAGAGCGCGAGCAUCUUGACGCCGCUCGACACCGUCACCUCGACGCGAUCGAGCAAGCGCCACGCGCUCGCCUUGGAGCCGCUACGCUUUAGCACGAUCGAAGUGCCGCCACCCCACGCCGUGGACUUUGCCAUGCGUCUCCAAAAGCAAAACAAGCUCCCGAACCUCGUGGCUCAAAACAGCCACUUUUUCGAUCCGCUGCCAUUGGUCUUUGGCAGCGUGAGCGACGUCGUCGAGGCUUCGUUGCUGCAUUUGGAGCUCAAGGUGAACCCGCUCUUGGACAAAUGGACGUGCCGGACCGGCGACACUCUCGUGCUGUAUAUGGAAAACACGUAUGAGACCGCCCAAGCGCUCGCCAACACGCUCAAUUUCAAGCUGUUGCAGUGGAUCCAAGCCGUGCCGGUGACCGGCGUGCCCUUCAAGCACCCGUUUCCGACGCCAUGUACGGUUCUGGACGUGCUCACCAAGUAUUACGAGUGCGCUACGGUCUCCCAGUGCGUGAUCGCUGCGUUGGCGCCAUAUGUCGUCAAUUUGACAGAGCGAGAGCUCUUUGAGGUGCUGGCCUCGGACAAGGAGGCAUUUGAGGCCCGCGUCGUGUCGCCCAAGCUGAGCCUCUACGGCCUCUUGCUCCUGUGCCCUAGCAUCGUCCUCUCACUCGACAUCUUCUUGCACGUGAUCCCGAGCAUGCAGCCGCGGUACCUCACCGUCAUGUCGUUCCACGAAGCGACGGUCGGGCUCUACCUCGACGUGCCGCCGACACCCGACGACAUAUCUUCGUUGGAGACACACAGUGGCGCGCUCCACGCGUACUUUAAUGCACUUGCCGCCAAGAAGGAGCGCGCCGUGCGACUCGCCAAGGCCGCCAAGCACAGUCUCAUGGCGACCGUCGAUGCCUCGCAGUAUCUGCUACAAGCUCUGAUGCUGCCGGCGCGCUUCGCCGGCGGCGACCGAACACAGCCGCUGGUGCUGAUUGCUGCCAACUCGGGACUGCAGCCCAUUUUGACGCUGCUGCGCGAACGACUUCGUCCGCCAGCCGCGACCGGCCACCACAGCCUCUUUUACAACUGCAAGAACCAGGACUUUCUGCCAUACAUCAACGAGGUCGAGGGCUGGACGGACGACAUUGGCCUCACGCUCGUGGUGGCGAGCCCGCCAGAAAUCAAGGCGACGUCAUUCGAGACGCUUAGCGACGCGCUCCGCGCCCACAUGUUGAUGGUGCUCGAAAGCGUCGACCAACAGCAAGGACGCGUCUACGUCUGCGGCAAGACGAGCUUUCUCGAUGACAUUCGGCAAACGCUGCUCGUUGGGAAGCGCAUGCAGCUCCAGCGCGACGACGGGUCGGCCGAGGCGUGGUUCGCCGAGCUGCUCGAGCAAGACCGAUACGUCGAGAGCACGCGAGGCUGAUCGUCUAUUCAAUAUAGUGAAUCGUCGUGUCUACAG